GGGAGAACCGGCGGCGUGGCGGGGCUGAACGGUACCGGCCCCGGCCCCUGCUGCUCCGCCGGGCAGCGAGGCUCCGGGCUCCGGUUCUUGCUGUUGCUGUUGUUGUUUCGACGCCUCGGCUUCUGCUCGCAGCAGAUGAGCGACCACCGCGGAGCUUCUCGCCAUCUCGCCCCGUUGGAGGGAGGGAGGGAGAUGCAGCGCACAGGGAGCGCCCAGACCGCCACUUCUGUCUAAGGGAAGCAUUAAGGCAUCAUGGUGAGUAAGGAGCCCAGCAAAUGCCUACUCACUGCCUCAGAAAGCGAGGUCGAGCCUGCAGCUUCGCUGGCGCUGGAGAUGAAAUAUUCCCUGGAUCCCAACCGGCAGAUCAAGAAACGCAACAAAGCCCUCCAGGUGAGGUUCAAAGAUAUCUGCGAGGCCCAGAACGAGCAGAGGGAGAAGCAGCUCUCCGGCACCCAGGACCCCGACAAGAAAGAAGCCAAAGCCCUUGCCUACAAAACGACGUAUCGCAAGUACAUGACGGUGCCCGCCCGGAGGUCGAUCCCCAACGUCACCAAGAGCACAGGAGUUCAGACUUCACCCGAUCUUAAAAAGUGUUACCAAACUUUUCCCCUGGACCGGAAAAAAGGGAAUAACAUCCUCAAGAGCGCUUCCUCGGCCGUCGACACCUUUAAGGGGGAAAACAACGGGUUCCUCAUCGACGUGAAGGACAAGGAGGGCAGAAGCUCAGGGGAAGGCACCAUCCAGUGGGGCAGGAAGGCCAGCAGCCUCCAGACGGCCGAGUUCAUCUCCCACCUCCACGAGCGCGCGGGGGCCGCCGGCGCCAACGGGGCUGAGGCCUGGCCAAGCACGGAGCCGCCUCUUCCUCUCCCAAACUCCUCCGACAUCUCGGAGGGGGACCCCUUGGCCACCACGGCCCGGCCACCCGGCCGAGGGAAGCGGCCAUCGGGGCGGCCGGCGAGCGAGGAGCUGGCUCAGCCCCUCCCCGGGAGGGUCUUCAAGACAGAAGUGGCCUCCGUCUAUCUACCGGCGGCCGGUUCCGACCCGGCGACCGAGCCCGACUGCUUGCCCUGCCCGACGGCCGAGGAGGAGGAGGACAAGAGGACGGUCCAACUGAACGGUGUCCAGCCCCAGGUUGGAGAGGCUGGAGCCUGCUCCAGGCGGGCGCAGUGCCAAGGCGCCCCGUGUGCUGACCCACAGGGUCUUCGGGUCAACGUUGGGCCCCCUGAGGAGAACCAACCCUGCCAGGCGGCCGUGGCGCUGAGCGAGGAAUGCCAACAAAUCGUGCCUCACACCGAAGUUGUGGACUUGAAAGCCCAGCUUCAGAUGAUGGAAAGUUUGAUCAGCUCUAGUCAGGAAACCAUAAAAGUGUUGUUGGGUGUUAUACAGGAGCUAGAGAAAGGAGAAGCUCACAGAGAAGGGCUUUCCUAUCGGACUGGUCAAGACACAGCAAAUUGUGACACGUGCAGGAACAGUGCAUGUAUUAUCUAUAGCGUGGAACUGGAUUUUAAACAACAAGAAGAUAAGCUACAGCCAGUUUUGAGAAAACUUCAUCCUAUUGAGGAAACUCAGGUUGCACCUUUGCCUUAUUCUCAGGAGAGCUACUCCUCCACUCCCAAGCAAAAAUCCAAAACUGAAUCAAAAAAGCAUGGAAGAUGGAAACUCUGGUUCCUUUAA